UCAUUGGUCAAUGUGACAUAGAAGUUGCUCAAGUACACUAAAUUUAUGAACACCUCAUGGUUGUUGUAUGACCAUUCAAAAAUGAAAAUAGGACGUGAAUUUCCAACCACUGAUCGAAACCGAAAGUAAGAUUUUAUCAUCAAUGUUCACCUGGCUUUAGAGUACCGGAGUUAAAAUGGAGAUAGAAGAGGGAGAAACUUCAAGCUGGCUAAAAAAUAAUUCAAAGCGAAAUAUUGCCCGUGAUCGUUUGGGUUUUACAACAACUCGGUGUGUCUGUUUAUUGGUAUCCUGGAUUACCACUGCAGUUUUAAUAACGCUGAUUAUUCUGACUUUUAUAAUCAAUGACAGUGUACUGAGGAAAAAAGACAAAGAUUUAACAUCUACAGUCGAAUUUUCUAAAUCACUUCCUAUGGAUAAUUUUAUAUGUUUACCAUGUAAAGACAAUACACAGACAAUGCCUAUGAAAUUUGAUACUAUCUUCAAUUGCAAUCUAUCUUUAUGCUGUGAAUACCAUACAAUAGCAUCGUUGAUUUCGUUUACAAAAUUGUUGGCAGGGCAGUCGAGAAGGAUAGCAGCUUUAUCUGGAAAAAAUGAGUCUUUACACGAAAAAGAUAUUCCUUAUGUUCCUCGUACAGAGAAAACACAUGUAGAAGAAUUCACUACAAAUCUGACUCAGAUUGCGGGGAUGCCUUCAAUUUCUUCACUGAACUUUACAGUUCAAGAGAAUGCUAUGUACAGUGUGUACCUACAUCUUACAUUUAAACCUGUUGUUCCCAAAAUAAGCACAAAUCAAAUUACAAUUAAUAUUUCUUUAAAUGACGCUGAUGAUCUCAUUUUUUCCAAGAAACUCGUUCUACGUGAGCCAUUCCUGAUUUCUGGAUACGAGAACUUGGUUUUGUUUGAGAACAUCCACUUAUCUGAGGGAUCAUAUGUUUUUCGUUUAUCAGACACGAUGAUUGUACAUAAUUAUGCAGCUUCUAGACUCUUGUCUGUACAUCAAAUCUAAUUUGACAAUGAUAAAAAUGUUUUAACAUGGUUAACAUGUGGUUUUAAUUUGAGAAAAGAAGACUGACAAUUUUGUUCUUGAUGGCUGAACUCUGUAAUGUCACAUGCUGUACCAUUAUAUUCAGUCACUUGAUAUUUUUUUUAAUAUCCCACACUUUUAAUCCGACGUCUUGUAUUGUUAUUUAAUCAAAAAUAUGCAUGUGUAUUUUGAACAUGGAAGA